CCCAUCACACUGAGGCCAAGCAAAACAUGUUUUGAUAGCCCGCCCCUGCCAAGUCAUCCCAUCAGAUCUAUGGCUUCAUGGGACUUUCGAGAGCCAGCCUCUCUGAUAUAUAGACCUCAGGGUAUAUUUUGGCCACAGUGGUUAGGUCAUGCCCUUCUUAAUCUGAGAGGGUCCUGGUGAGUGACCAGGAGACCCCAGUCAAAAGGUGUCAGGAGGAAAGCUCUGAAAUUUUCCACAGAAAGACAUUUAAUACUAGGCAAAACAUUCCAUUGAGACACAGGUGCAGGCACCUAGUCCCCAGCCUGUGUCCUGCCUGUUGGGGAAUUAAGUGCACUUAUUGGGCUUGGAAGGCAAAUUGCCCCCCAAGGAGAAAACACUUAGGUAACUGCUUAAAGAAAAAUGCUGGAGCCGGAGUUCUAAUGAGAGGGGUAACGCCUGAGGAAGAAAAACAAAGAAGCAACAAGACAGUUGCCAGGGCUGCGCUUUAAGGAAAGUGAAGCUGCCUGACCCAGCUGGCAUGGAGACCAUGGCAGCUAGAAUACAUCUUCCCUGGGGCGUUUAGGAAGCAGCUUUAGUCAAGAAGGCCAGGGUGCAAGAGGGCUGCUGAAGGGCAUUUGUCUUUCUUCCUCCUCAGUUGGCAGACCUGUGCCAGGCAUGGGUUCGGGGAUCAGAAUGACUGGAUUUACAGGAAGUUGUCAAGAGGAUGGGCUGAGAGAAGCAGGGAAGUGAGGGGGUUCAGGUGUAGGAGACAGCGCAGCACCCGGAGCUGAGGACCAAAGCCAUUGGAAAGAAGCUCCUCCAGCCCUGUCUAGGAAUCAAAAGAAGCCCAGGUGGCAGGGGAGAGCAGUCCCCCAGAUCAGGCCAGUGGAAGGCAGAGGAGGGCUCCGAAACUGUGCUCCUGAGACGGAGGAGUGUGUUCCACAUCGAGUGGUCAUCCAUCCGGAGGAGGAGCAAAGUGUUUGGAAAAGGUGAACACCAAGAGAAACAAACCAAAGAGCCGCUUCCCUACCCAUAUCGGAAGCCUGCGGUGGAGCUGCUCGAUAUGGACACCAUGGAGGAGAGCUCUGAGAUAAAGGUAGAAGCCAACACGGCCAGGACUUCCUGGAUCCAGAGCUUCAUGGCUGCUGCAGGGAAGCGAGUUAGCAAAUCCUUGAGCUACAUCACUGGAGAGAUGAAGGAAUGCGGAGAGAGACUUAAAGACAAAUCUCCAGUGUUCCAGUUUCUUGACUGGGUGCUCCGAGGCAUGUCCCAGGUGAUGUUUGUGAACAACCCUCUCAGCGGCCUCCUCAUCGCCCUGGGCCUCUUCGUGCAGAAUCCCUGGUGGGCCAUCUCGGGUUGCGUGGGCAUUGUUGCGUCCACCUUGACUGCCCUCAUCCUGAGCCAGGAUAAGUCGGCCAUUGCAGCAGGACUCCAUGGCUACAAUGGGGUGCUUGUGGGACUCCUGAUGGCCGUGUUCUCAGACAAGGGCAACUAUUACUGGUGGCUGCUUCUCCCUGUCAUCCUUAUGUCCAUGACUUGCCCCAUCCUGUCCAGUGCCCUGAGCACCAUCUUCAGCAAGUGGGACCUCCCAGUCUUCACGCUGCCCUUCAAUAUCGCCGUGACCCUGUACCUAGCAGCCACAGGCCACUACAACCUCUUCUUCCCCACGACACUCUUGCAGCCUGCAGCCGCCACACCCAAUAUCACCUGGUCAAGCGUCCAAGUGCCUUUGCUCCUGAGAGCCAUCCCGGUGGGGAUCGGUCAAGUGUAUGGCUGUGACGAUCCCUGGACCGGAGGAAUCGUCCUCGUGGCGCUGUUCAUAGCUUCACCUCUCAUUUGCUUGCAUGCAGCCAUCGGAUCCACCAUCGGGAUGCUCGCAGCACUCAGCAUCGCCACACCGUUUGACUCCAUCUACUUCGGCCUGUGCGGCUUCAACAGUGCUCUGGCCUGCAUCGCCAUCGGAGGCAUGUUCUACGUCAUUACCUGGCAGACCCACCUGCUUGCCAUAGCCUGUGCGCUGUUCUCAGCCUAUCUCAGCGCCGCCCUGACUAACGUGCUGUCUGUGUUUGGAUUACCACCCUGCACCUGGCCCUUCUGCCUCUCAGCGCUCACCUUCCUUCUCCUGACAACCAACAACCCUGCCAUCUACAAGCUCCCGCUCAGCAAAGUCACCUACCCAGAGGCCAACCGCAUCUACUUCCUGUCCCAGGAGAAAAACAGAAGGGCAUCAACGAUAACAAAGUACCAGGCCUACGACGUCUCUUAAGCUGUUUUUUCGAAAGCAUGCCACAUAAAUGCAGCCUCCAGCACACAGUCUGCACCCUCCCUUCUAUCUGAUGUGCAUGUGAUCACCAGUCGGGACACUGCCCACCCCCACCCUCCUCACUAAGAUCCAUAGUACUCAUCAAAGCCUUGUUAGUUUAGACUAAACACCCACUGAUGACUCCUUGGGGACUCUCUUUAGGGGGAACUUACAGUCACCCCCUUCAGUUAUUUAGUGGAGCAAAGAAUGAAGCCAGGAAAUGUUUAUUAGCCUGCAAAGCAAGAGGCCUGGUCCCUGCUCUGCUACUAACGGGGUCCGACUGCCUCAACCAGGCCUUGUCCAGUCACACUCUGUUUUCUCAUUGCCAGAGAUUUCUUUAUGACAAAGAAGGACACCAAAGUCCUUCUACCUACAAAAUGUUUAUUCUCUUCCAUCUCCUGAAAACUAAUCAACUAAGCAGGAGCAGCAAGGAAUUGUCUCGAGCUGAGUUACUUAUGGGAGGGCUCCCAGAGGAGAAAGAGGAGAGUGUUCUUGUCAUGGAAGUUUGGUCUUGAUCAUUGGAGAUGCUCUCCAGACGUGGGGCUAGAAACUUGAAUUCAUUGAAAAUGCCAGUGUGCCUUCUUUGCACCAAAGAAAUAUUUCCAGAAGUAUCAGAAGGUAAAAACUGAUUUUUCCAACAUCCAAAUCAUUGUAUAAAUAAA